UCCCCGCUCGGCAUAUCCCCACAAUGUCGCCCUCAAUAGACCCAAAGGCAAAGGCCAGCUCGUCCCUCACUGGGCCACACGACCUGCCCACUCCAGAGCCUGAGUCCCCUCACCGUCCUCGCCAGCCCUACCGCUUUGCGACACUCUGUGCGACCGUAGAGAACCCAGACAUGAAAGACCAGUACGGGUCCAGUUCCGUUCCUAUUUAUCAGUCCUCCACCUUCAAGGGUGUAGGAAACGAGUUUGAUUACUCGCGAAGUGGCAAUCCCACCAGAAGUCAUCUAGAGCACCAUAUUGCCAAAAUAUCAUCCGCCGCCCAUGCUAUCACAGUCUCCUCCGGCAUGGCCGCACUUGACAUCAUUCUCCGUCUCCUCAAACCCGGAGACGAGAUUAUCGCAGGAGACGACCUCUACGGAGGUACCAAUCGUUUGCUCACAUAUGUCAAGACCCAUGUCGGCGUUACUGUCCAUCACGUCGAUACCACCGACCCGACGUCCCUCCUCAAAUACAUACAGGCCGGAAAGACAGCGAUGGUCCUCCUCGAGAGUCCCACAAACCCUCUGCUGAAGAUUGCCGACCUUGCCACUCUUGCUGCUGAAGUGAAGGAACGCGCACCGGAUGCUAUCGUCGUAGUGGACAACACCAUGAUGAGCCCGUACCUGCAGAGACCUCUCGAGCACGGUGCAGAUAUCGUGUAUGACAGCGCGACGAAGUACCUCAGUGGUCAUCAUGAUCUAAUGGCCGGCGUUAUCGUCUGCAACCGUGAUGACCUCCACAAGCAAAUGGCGUUCGUCGUGAACUCUGUAGGAAACGCGCUCAGUCCCUUCGACUCUUUCCUCCUGCUCCGAGGUAUCAAGACAUUGGCCGUCCGCAUGGAUCGCCAACAGACCUCCGCGCUCGCUGUCGCCAACAUGCUUGACCGUCUCGGCUUCAAGGUGCACUAUCCCGGUCUUUCGAGCCAUCCUGGUCGGGAAAUCCACGAGCGUAUCGCGACGGGCUAUGGCGCCGUGCUUAGUUUCACGACUGGUGACAAGGCCCUUAGCGAGCGCAUCGUUGGCGCUACUCGACUUUGGGGCAUCAGCGUGAGUUUCGGCUGUGUGAACUCUUUGAUUAGUAUGCCUUGCGUCAUGUCGCACGCGUCUAUUGACCCCGCAAUCCGUGCUGCUCGCGGUCUUCCAGAGGAUCUCAUUCGUCUUUGCGUCGGCAUCGAGGACCCUGCGGACCUCCUCGACGAUCUUGAGCGCGCUCUUUUGGAGGCUGGCGCUAUUACUCUUUCUGCUAGUGAAACUGAGCAUCACUUUGUGCGCGCUAGCUUACCACGGGAGCCUGUCUCGAUCAGCCGCGCUGUCGAGAAGCUGGCUUAUAACGACAAUGCUGUCACCGGGCGCACAAAGGAGAACCGUGAGUGGUUCGUCAGCGCCCCUGGAAAGAUCAUCCUGUUUGGAGAGCAUGCCGUCGUACACGGUGUGACGGCCGUCGCUGCGUCAGUAGACUUACGCUGCUAUGGACUCACAACCCCUCGUCACGAUGGCAAGCUAGGAAUAGAGUUCUCGGAUCUGGGUGAUUUCAGUCACGAGUGGGUGUUGGACGAGCUGCCUUGGGAUGCCGUGACGAGUGUCAAUGUGGGCGACGCUCAUCCGGACGUGUUGGACCAGAGGUUGGUGGACGCGAUCGCAGCGCGUGCUUUGCCCUCAACGAUCAAUGACAAGGCAAAGCCUGCAGCCAUCGCCUUCCUUUACCUGUACAUGAGCAUGGCCCACGGAGGUGAACGGCCGUCAUUCGGUUUCACAGUCAGGUCCACUCUUCCUGUAGGUGCCGGUCUCGGUUCAUCAGCCUCGUUCUCUACCUGUGUCGCAACUUGUCUUCUCCUCCUCCACCAACGCGUAAACCUCCCUUCGCUGCCCCCACCUACCACCUCCGCCGACGCGUCCGGACCCGGACACAUUCACAUUUCCCAUCAAGGUCGCCGUGCCAUCCCGAGCGAGAUCUCGGAAGAGGUCAACCGCUGGGCGUUCGUCGCCGAGAAGGUUCUGCACGGAAACCCAAGCGGGGUGGACAACUCUGUGGCCGUGUUUGGCGGGGCUUUGGCGUACACUAGGCCCGGGUUUACGAGGAAGUCCGGGAUGGAGGCUAUCAGCGGAUUCAAGUCUCUUCGAUUCCUUCUCAUUGACUCGAGGGUUCCUCGUGACACCAAGAGCCUGGUCGCUGGCGUUGGUGCGAAAAAAGCUGCGGAACCGGAAGUCGUUGACAAGGUCCUCGAUGCCAUCCAGAGCAUCACGGAUGAGGCUCGUCGUGCUCUGCUUGACCCUGAGUUGUCGCGUCCAGCGUUGCUCUCUGCCUUGGGCGCCCUGAUCGAAGAGAAUCACGCUCACCUCGUGUCGCUCGGUGUUUCACACCCGGUCUUGGAGAUCAUAAAAGCUCGGACGGCACAGAGCCCUUACGGGCUGAGCACGAAGCUCACGGGUGCCGGAGGAGGCGGUUGUUCAAUCACACUUGUACCGGAUGACAUGGAGGAAUCCCUUCUAAAGGACCUCAUGGCUCGUCUCUCCGAAGACGGAUACGUUCCCUAUCUCACCUCUGUCGGAGGUUCUGGUCUCGGCAUCCUCUCGCCCUACGAUCCUAACAACUACGACGACCAUCCGACCGCCACAGCUCAUACACAGACUCCCCCGGAGACGCCUGGCGAUGAGUCCGCACUGGGCGGCCGUGAGCCGUUGAGGGCGACGCUUCAGUCGAAGCCCUUACAUGAUUUGUCCGAGUGGGCGUCCAACAGGGGAAGGUGGAUGUACGUAUGAGUAUGAGUUUGCGUUAGCGCUUGGUCUGGCGGGAUAAAACAUCAGCAAUUUAGAGGCGUGGAUUUCGGUGUAUAUGUGCUGUGCUUUGUAUGUCUUUUAUUUAUGUACUUCGUGUAUCUUUGGUGCUGGUUUUGGCAGCCGUACUUUAGCAGUUCAACUAUCCUCGACCCUGUGAUACGGAAUGCCCUGUACUUUCCAUCUGUUGAGAAUCGAGCUAGUUGCAGCUCGACGUUGCGAGACGUUUCGAUACGUUUCGGUAUUCAGUCUGAGUCAGCGGCGCAGCCGCAUGUUGUUAUUCCUUGCCCUUACAGGCAAGUGGAGCAGGUUUAUAGUAUUUUGUAGAAUAUUCUAGAUGUACUGUACAAGUAGUAUAAAUUGUGCAAUACAUGUCUCG